CCUCCUUCUGGUGCAUACCUGUCGGGGUCCUGUUUGACUUCUUCGAUGGCCGGGUUGCGCGCUGGAGGAAGAAGAGCAGCCUGCUGGGCCAGGAACUCGACUCGCUGGCCGAUUUCGUAAGUAGAGGGAGACAUAGCGGCUGCGGGCGGCCAAUGCAGCAGCAGUCUUGGGCUGGCGUGCGGGUGGGUGGGGGUCAUGCAAUUCCCCAUGUGUUUGUGGUCACGAUCUCCCACCGAUGAUGCAUAUGUGAGGGCGAAUAUAGCAUUGUUUCUAACUGGCGCAUACGAUCAUGUGCUUUCCUCUCUGUAGUGCUCGUUUGGCAUUGCCCCGGCUGUGCUUGGCUUCGCCUGCGGGUUCCAGAAAAUGCUGGACCUGGUGGUUCUGACGUACUUUGUGUGCUGCGGACUGGCGCGUCUAGCCCGCUACAAUGCCACCGUGGCCGCGUUGCCGACUGACCAGAACGGCAAGGUCAGGUAUUUCGAGGGCACACCGAUUCCAACCACGCUGCUGAUUGUCGGCGUUCUGGCGUACGGCGUCCACUACGGCAAGUUUUGGCGGUUCGCCAACCCCAUGUACCAGCAUGAGGGCCCGUUUGCGUCGUUCAGCCAGGCGUUUACGCCAGAGUUUGUGUGGGGCGGUGAGAUCUCGAUACUUCCGGGCUACGAGUUCCAUCCGCUGGUGCUUAUGUACGGAAUCAGCGGCACCCUGAUGAUUAGCCGGCGCCUGCGUAUUCCCAAGCCCUGAGCCACAUACAUCCAAAACUGUUGGCGGCAUUGCUGGGAUGUUUUCGAAUAGGUUUAC